AUGGAUGACUCCUCGACCCUGGACUACGAGCUGCUCUCGCCGGGGCAGGCGGAACCCGGGCCCGUCGCCCUGGGCAUGGACGCGGAGCAAAAGACCGUAUUCGCCUUCGUCAUCUUCCUACUGAUCUUCCUAGUGGUGCUGAUGGUGCGCUGUUUCCGGAUCCUGUUGGACCCUUACAGCCGGAUGCCGGCCUCGUCCUGGACUGACCACAAGGAAGGGUUGGAGAGGGGCCAGUUUGAUUACGCCCUGGUGUAG